AUGCCGAAACACCCCCCACGAUCUAUAACGAGCGCCGGCAGCGAAUCGGUUCGGAGUAUACAACGAUCCUCCCCUGUCCAGGCAGAGCGCUCCGCCUCCAACUCUACAUCUUACACGGGAGACAACGAUGACACCGCGCUGCCGUCCAUGGAGUUUCACUCCUCCCCGCAGGCGAUGGCGCAUCGCCGAACAGGGAGCACCUUGAAAACAGUUAUGCGCAAGAUCUUCAACCGCAAAAGACAAAGUCAGGCCGGUGAAUUGGAAGAGAACCCAUAUGAAUCUAGCUUUGCGAUACCACCGAUGCGGAAAGCAGGACCAAUGAGAGGGAAAUCAUUGUUGGCUGUUCCACCUCCUCUGAAUUUAAAUUCACACCGGAAUAGUCCACUCUCGGCGGAAAACCUUCAGAUCGCAGAAACACAUCUGUCUCCGUUAUCUCCGCUAUCUUCAGCAACCCUUCGGGAUUCAAUGCCGGGUAGCAUGCAGCCACGCCGGAGACGUGCAACUCUUCCGAGCGUGGUUUUCUCAGAUGAUGAAUCUCGGUUUGCCGUCGCGUCAAUAGCAAUAUCAGAUCCGCAAGAGGAUAAUAGAAGCUAUAUGCCAGAGCGACGAUAUAGCAUGCUCUCUCGCCGGCUAUCGGUGAGCACAGAAGCUUUGCGCGAAAUGACAGAGAACCUGCCAGAGACCUUGGUCUCUUGGCCACAACGCACAUCAUCUGCCCCUGGGCCAUCCCCGGUUCUCGGCUCGCAUUCCCCACAACUAGACGAAAGCUCUAUUAGCGGGCAGUCGGGGAGACCCUCGUCAGGAACCACGGUAACUAGCGUGACGCGAAUUUCUGCCGCGCCGUCUUUGAUGGAAAGCGACCAGCACGCAGAACAAGCUAGCCUCGCGCCCAACGUCGCAAGUCUAGUCAACACAAUGCAGCAGGAUGACAGCGUCACCCUAGAACAGCGAUUGACCACACUAGAAGUGAAACUAAUCGACCUGGAAUUCGCAAUUGCCCGAAUGCAAACAAACAACACCGAACACACCGAAAAGCCAUCCCGCCCGCGACAUCCCCCUUCAACAGAAUCCUUCCCUUCAACCAUGCGUAACAAACAAUCUGCAUUGAUCUCCACAAGUGACCGUGACGACUCCCCAAGCCCCCUCCCAACAAUAUGCACCCGUCCCUCCAGCACAAGCACAAUCCGCCAAGACACAUUGACCUCCCGCACCCUCCGCCCCGCCCCAUCAGCUUCAUCUCUCUCAGACUACCACGGCGUUUCAAUCGAGCAAUACAGCACGCUAGUGACGCUUCUGCGCCGCGAACAAACAGCCCGCAGAAACCUGGAGACUCAAGUCGGCAGUCUGCGCGAUGAUAUCCGCGACCUGCAGCGUGCAGCGCUCGAGUCCAUGCAGUCAAACAUGGGAAUCAUACAGCCCGCACACGCGGAGUCGAGACAAUUCCUGCGCUUCCGUCGCGCGCUAGAUGACUCCGAUACUUCCACGGGGCUUAGACCAGAUGAUAAGACCACUGGUAUUGAGGAAACAGACUCCGAUUGGGAUCGGUCGGAUAUAUAUUCCCGUGAUGAUCCGUUCGGUCCUCCGAAGUGGGAGCGUCAGAGGGUUACAACUGUCCCUAUGAUUUGA